AUGCACUGCAGAACACUUUUGGCACUCUUGUUAGUAAAAAUCGCAGCUACAACAGACAUAGAAGAAAGUCCCUUGCCAAGCAGAGAUGAAUCAAAUAGAUAUUACGUACAUAAAAUUACACUGCCUUAUAAUCCAUCGCGAACAGAAUCACAAAAACUGGAGGAUUGUCAAAAACUGGAAUUUGUGCACGUCUUCCCACCGGAGUUGACGGAGGAUCAAAUUUGUGAGCGUGUUGUCAAACUUAAUGACUGGAUGAGUAGACAGAUAGAAGCCGCCAGCGAGAAGGUACGCGGCUUUUACGAGAGGGCAUAUGAUUGGUUUGAGUUACCAGCCAUAGAACAGCAACGUCAGCGCGACAACGUGAUGAACACCUUGAACGAUGUUGAGAAGGAGGAAGUUGCGCAGCUAGUAGAACGCACUUCGAAAAAAGUGGACGAGGAUCCGGUGCUCUCAGCCCAUCGUUAUUUCCACUCACCUCAGAGAGUCAUUGAGGAAAUGGAAAGAAGUCAUGCUAGUCCUUGAAAGAUCGAGAUUUUUAGCGUGAAAGUGGGAAUGAAUUAUUAUGAACAGAAGUUAGAUGCAGCUAUUGUGUAACCGAUUCAUGUAUGUCACACUUCCUCUGUUAAGUAAAAAAUCUCGCCCAUACAUUGUUAUCAAAC